GACGUCAGCGUGGAGAGAAAUAGGGGUAAGAGAAGCGGUACGCGGAGUGACGGGAUGUGAGGAAAGACUGAGAGAGAGAGAGAACGACUCCGGGAUGGCGGCUGAAACCCUGACGCUGUUAAUUAAGCUGCUCGCUGCGGUUUUUUACGGCGUGAGUUCUUUCUUCAUAGUUGUGAUCAACAAAAGCGUGCUGACCAACUACAGGUUUCCUUCAUCGAUAUGUCUCGGCAUUGGGCAGAUGUUGGCCACAGUGUUGGUGCUGUGGUCUGGAAAAGCUCUGCGGGUGAUCACCUUCCCCGGGUGGGAGCUCAACAUCCUAAGCAAGACCUUUCCUCUACCUCUUCUAUAUGUAGGCAAUCAAGUAACCGGACUCUUUGGAACAAAAAGGCUAAAUUUGCCAAUGUUUACAGUGUUGAGGAGGUUCUCCAUUCUCUUCACAAUGCUUGCUGAGGGCUUCUUGUUAAAGAAGACAUUCUCAUGGCCAGUUCAGCUCACUGUAUUCACAAUGAUCUUUGGGGCUUUUGUCGCUGCAAGUGCCGACCUGUCCUUUGACCUUCAGGGCUAUGUAUUCAUCUUAAUGAAUGAUAUCUUAACUGCUGCUAAUGGAGCCUUUGUUAAACAGAAGCUGGACUCUAAGGAGCUGGGAAAGUAUGGUCUACUCUAUUACAACGCUUUAUUUAUGAUCCUGCCUACACUCCUUUUGGCACACGUCACUGGAGAAAUGGAUAAGGCCCUGGAUUACGAGGGCUGGUCAGAUAGACUCUUUGUCGGACAGUUCAUCAUGUCUUGCAUAAUGGGGUUUAUCUUGAUGUACUCCACCGUGCUCUGCACUCAGUACAACUCUGCAUUAACGACGACCAUAGUUGGCUGUCUGAAAAAUAUAUUAGUGACUUAUAUCGGAAUGGUGUUUGGAGGGGAUUAUAUUUUCUCCUGGACUAACUUCAUAGGUCUGAACAUCAGUAUUGCUGGUAGUCUGGUGUACUCGUACAUAACGUUCACGGAGGAACAGAGCAGCAAACAGGGCGAGAGCAUCAACAAGCUGGAGGUGAAGGGGAAAGUGGCUGUAUGAGCAGCGCUUCAGCUCAAGGCUUCGAGGAAACCGUAUCCUGUAGUGUUUGGGCUUCGGGUGACCCAGAAUGUGAAGGGCAAAACACGUCAGGGCCGAUGUAAAAACAUCGCUUAUGAACUGAGCAAGAUAAGACAUGUGUGGUAUGAUGUCAUUGCGAAAUGAAAGAAAACUUUGUAUGUGUUUGAUUAUUUAUCCUCUGGCUUUUUUUUUUUUUUUUUUUUUUUUAAUUAAAAAAAAAACAUAUAUGUUUAUGGGAGAUUGAGACUGUAUUUUGAAAUGAUUUUGGCAUGUUUUUUGGGUACUCUCAACUUGAAUUUCUAUAUUUUCUUAUCAAACUAAACAGUAUAACUUGUCAUUCAUGGCAAUAUUAUGCCAUUUUUGUUUUUGCUUCCAUGAACGUGCCAUAUUCUUGCUAUUUUAUGUUAGUAUUGUAUAUUAGUAGAAGGCUUAUAUUGUUAAGUUUUAUGUUGUUGGUUUUUUUUUUCUUUCUUCAGUAUUAGAAAUGUCUGUGUAGACAUUCCACAUAGGAUCAUGUAGUAACUUGUUUUUUUGUACCCUGCUGUGCUGUUUUCUUGCACUUUAUAGAGGUCACAGGUACUUUUUAUUUCGUAACGAACAAUGAGGAAACGUUUACUGUAGGUUAGUGAAAACUAAACUCAAAUUUUUUCCAUUGUUUUUAGAACUGCAUUUGGGUGAUGAGAGGACAAAGAAAAGAUGUAUGUCCUGCAUACAUCAGUGUUAAUAUCGUUGGUACUUUUUGACCAAGUCAAAAUGUGAAGACAAGUUCAGUCAGUGCUAUCUAGAUGUUAUACAUCUGGAAUCCUCUGUAAUUUGGCUGUAUCCAGUCUGAAUAUUUUUGCCUGCAUGCAAUACACAAAGAGAUUAAAACAUUUAUCAUACAGUUGAAUUAUUAUUAUUUUUUUUUCCUCAGAUGAAUGCUCAGCUUUCAAGCUUAAGGAUGUUCUAGCUAUAGAUGACUUUUGUUUAUCUUGUGUUGCUUUUUGGUUAUGGUUAUUUUAAAAGAUCCUCACCGAGCACUGAAGCAUUAAGACAUGGAAACAGCUUGUAUUUACCAUUUAGUAUUUUUCCAUUGGACAUUGUUUGUAGGAAUUGUUUUCUUUUCUUUUUUUUUUUAAAUUUUAUUUAUUUUUUUAAAACUUUUUUUUUAUUUUUAUUUUGUUCAUAUCAACAAAAGCUCUGUGGUUUUAGAAGUGCAAAACCGAGCUUGCAUGUAUGUUAUUAAAAUACCUCAGUUUUCCAUU